GGUCGCGUUCGCUCUCCGUACGAUAGACAAUAUGGCAUACCGGGGACAGGGGCCGAAGGUCCAGAAAGUGAUGGUCCAGCCCAUCAACCUUAUUUUCAGGUAUCUACAGAAUAGGUCACGAAUUCAAGUGUGGCUGUAUGAACAGGUGAACAUGUGUAUAGAAGGAUGCAUCAUUGGAUUUGAUGAGUAUAUGAAUUUAGUUUUGGAUGAUGCAGAAGAACUCCACUUGAAAACAAAGGCUCGCAAGCAACUUGGCCGUAUUAUGCUGAAAGGAGACAACAUCACAUUGUUGCAAAGUGUCAUGACUUAAGGAGUCCUGUUUUUGUCAUCUGUCAAUUGUGGUUAACAUUCAAUAGAAUAUUUUUUUUUUUGAGAUUCCUAGACUGUCAAGAUUUUUAAUUCAAUUUAAAUACUCCCAAACUGUGACAUACAUUUUGGUGUAUUGUAUAUUUUGAUGCCAGUCACUUGAAAUGGCUAUUUAA